AUGACCCUUGUCCCACGUGCCUGGCAAGGCAUGCAUGUGGGACAAUUGUGGAUGCUGGAAUUGUUUGCAGGAUCGGCAGUGCUUUGUUCAGUUGCUAAGCAACAAGGGCUCUACAACAGCAUUGCCGUCGACAAGACACAGAAGCAUGGUUGUUUUUCUAGCAUCAUUAGGCUAGAUUUAACGCGUGAAGCUGAUAGUUCGCUUGUUGAUGCUUGGCUUGAUUCGGGGCUGCUCAUUUGGGUGCAUCUAGCUCCUGUGUGCGGCACUGCUAGCCGUGCACGGGAUAUCCAGGUUUCAGCAAAUGAUCCGCCUCCCCUGCGCAGUAAUGAACAUCCGAAUGGUUUUCCAGACUUGGCAGGACGUGAUUUGCUCAGGGUCAACAUAGCAAACAAGUUGUUUUCUUUUGCGCGCCGCAUCUUCGCUGAGGCCACGAAACGUGGAAUUUUGGCAACGAUGGAGAAUCCAAAGAAUUCAUAUUUUUGGUGCACCACAUAUUUCUUGCAAUUGUGGAAGACUGUUGAACUUUAUUGUGCUGAUUUUCAAGUGUGCAUGUAUGGUGGUUCCAGAGACAAGUGGACACGGUUCAUCGCAAACUUUCCGGAAGUGGCUGAGUUGUCCGUUGAGUGCGAUAGAAAGCACUCCCAUGCUCCUUGGAGGUUUGCUCACAAUCCUGAAGGAAAGCGUGUUUGGGCAACGAGCCUCGAGAGCCAGUACACUCGUCCACUGUGUCUAGCUACUGUUCAGGUAAUCUUGCAGAAAGCUGCUUCCCAAGGUCUUCACCUAUUGCCCCAGACCUUAAACGAAAUCCGAAAGCAUCCGUUGUUGCAUGCACAACAGGCUCAAAUUAGUGUUGGACUGCAGCCAUUUCGAAAGAAAAUACCACCGUUGGUUCCAGAUUUCGAUGCAAUCGUUGUUGCUGUCCUUCAGGACAAAUCCGAAGUCCCAGUCCCUGUCCUCGGCAAGGCUCAAAAUGAUUUGCACCUUGUGUCCGUUGAGCUUCAACUUCUUUUGAUCCCCAAAUAUGCACGGCUGCUUCGCCUUUUUGCUGCCUCCGAUUCUUUAAAAGGGGGGCUUGAGGAAUCCGAGACAGCUGGAAAAUCCGAAUCUGGUGCCGACCUUAGCUUGUAUCCUUUUCGAGCUGUUUUUGGCUUGCCAUGGGAGCCGGAAAAGUUCAUUGAAAAGGCGGUGACAGCCGGUCACCCAGCCUUGACCGACAUGAGCAUUCCAGAAGAUCUCCAAAUUGCCAUUGACAGAAAUUUAGCUUGGAAUGAUGAGCAGAUGUCCAAAUAUAGAUCGGAUUGGGCAAAGCAUUGGUUGAUGAGGGCAAAAGAGCUUGAUGCUGCAGAAAGCCUGGACAGGUCGUCCAGGCCUGAACAUGUGAGACACAGCACCUCGUCGAAACGCCUGCUGCUGACGGAUGAGAUUUUGGAUAGCAUACAAUAUGAAGACAAAGCUGCAUUAAACAUUCUGCGCGAGGGCUCCACUUUGGCGGGCCGCAUUGAGAGUUGCUGCAUCUUUGAACAACAGUUCAAACCGUGCUUGAUGACCCUUGAUCAGCUGGAAGGUGGUGCAAAGCGCCGGAAUCAGGCCAUUCUUGCGAUGACUUGUAGCUGCGGUGACGAAGCUCUGGAUCAGCAAGUAUUGGCCGAAACUAGAGCUGAGCUUGAAAAGCAAUGGGCUAGAGGACCUUUUGAACUGGACACCCUGCCAGAGGGUGCUGUCAUUUCUCGUAGGUUCCCGCUUGUGCAAUCAAACAAAGUCCGAAUGAUCGAUGAUUUUUCCAUCAGUGGCAUAAAUGAUUCGUGCACGAUUCAUUCCAAGAUUGACCUGCACAUGAUCGACACGCUGGGAGCGGUCAUCCGGAGAUAUUUUCAAGCUUGCGGUGCGAAAGAAUGUGAUAGCCGGCUUCUGGCCAAGACCUUCGAUCUCAAGAGUGCCUAUAGACAGGUGCCCAUACAAAGCCAACACCUAAAGUAUGCCUUUUUCAGCAUCUACAACUGCGAAGAAAGAAAGCCCGAGAUUUACCAACUGCUGGCCCUGCCUUUUGGGGCCACGCACUCGGUUUAUUCCUUCCUUCGACUGGCGAGACUCAUUCACAGCAUUGCUGCUAGAGGUUUGUAUGUUCUCAACACGAACUUUUAUGACGAUUUCGUGUUGCUGUCCAAACCUGAAAGUUGCAAGUCAGCAGACCUGGCAAUGGAAGUUUUGUUUAUGCUGACCGGUUGGGAAUUUGCCCGUGAUGGAAAGAAGGCAACGCUUUUUUGA